CUGUGCCCGGCAGCGCCCUCCUGAGCCCGGAGCAGCCCGGAUCUCUCAUCAUGGACCGUUCAACCUGCCGUCGUCAUUGUCAAACUGUGCCCGAGGCUGAACUCCAAAAGGCUUUCUCAGCACUGCUGAUGUCCCCUGAGCCAGGUGCUCUUUGUGCCAGGCUGAGACAUUCCAGCUGUGAACUGGAGGAGAGUGAAUUGUGCUCCGUUCAUGGGGCUGUGAAGGAGCUCCUGUGUCCCCAGAAUGGAUCAGCUGUGGGACUCACACACAGAAACACUCUGAAAGGAUCUCUGGCUGCAGUCGAGUGGAUCAGAUCCCAUCCCAAAAUCACGCUGGGGGUGCUGAUUCUGCUCCUGCUCCUGGUCCUGGCUUUGGGUGUGUCCUUGGCUGUUGUGUCAGGGAGAACACAAACAGAAAAUCCUGGUACCCCUGGCACUCCUGUGCUGCUGGCCUGUCCCCAUGGCUGGGUCGGGCACCGCGGGAUCUGCUACUUCCUCUCGAGGGAUCAGCUCAGCUGGGAUCAGGCUCAGGCUCGGUGCUCYGAGCUCGGGGCCUCCCUGGCUGUGCUCAAGGACUGGGAAAUGGUGAGAGAGGAGAUUUGGGAUGUGUGGGGCGGCCAAGGGAAGCCUGGGGGUCUCCUGGGCCGGGGGUGCAGCUCCCAGUGGCGGCUCCUCUCUCCUUCCCAUAGGCUCCUCUUCCCUCACAGCGCAAAGGUCGAUUAUUGGCUCGGGCUGCGCAGACGGGGCCAGGAGCUGCAGUGGGGGGACGGAUGCCUGAGAGAGAGUGGAGGUCUCUGA